AUGAGUGUUACAGACAGUGUUGUUUUAAAAAACAACAAGACUGCUCGAGAAAAUUCAUGUUUUGUUGAGCAAGAAAUUGAAAAUCUCCUGCUUAAAGGCAUAGUAAGCGAAAUUGAUAGUAUUCCUUAUGUAGUCAAUCCUUUAACCGUAGCCUACAAUAGAAAUGGAAAACCAAGGUUAGUCUUAGAUUGCAGACACAUUAAUCCUUUUUUACACCAGUUCAAUGUGAAGUUUGAAGACAUAAAAGUUGCAGAAACAUUAUUUGACAAAAACUCUUUUCUAUUUACUUUCGAUCUGAAAGGAGCAUAUCACCAUAUAGACAUUUUUCCAGAGCACAGAACAUAUUUGGGGUUUUCAUAUUCUAGAUCAGGACAUACAAAGUAUUACGUUUACAAUUCUUUACCAUUCGGCAUAAAAACAGCAGGACACAUAUUUACGAAACUUUUGAAGGUAGUUGUUACAUUUUUAAGAGCAACUGGACAUAAAAUCAUUAUGUUUCUCGAUGAUGGGAUCGGUGGUCAUUCAGAUUAUGAAAAAGCUUUGCGCUCAAGCGAGUUUACCAUGCAAACGUUGGUUGCUUUUGGCUUUUUACUUGCUGACGAAAAGUGUAAUUGGGUACCGACACUGAGAUUAGUUUGGCUUGGGCAUGUUCUAGAUAUGGCACAGAAUAUGAUUUUUAUAUCAUAUGAAAGAAUACAAAGAUUAGAAAUUACAUUAGAUUCCGUGAUAUAUCAGGUAUGUCGAGAUAGAGCAAAUAUAGUUCCAGUAAAAGUGUUGGCCAGAGUCGUCGGACAGAUAAUAUCAUUACAAAGCGUAAUAGGUAACAAAGUUCGUUUAAUGACAAGAGAAUUAUUCAAUUGUAUCAAUGCAAGAGCCAGUUGGAAUGCUCCUGUUAAAGUAACAGAAUUAGCCAUGAAUGAAUUACAGUUCUGGAGAAGCAAUGUAAGUACACUGAACAGAAAAGGGAGACAAUUAAACGAAAAUCAUGUGUGUCUGUAUAGAAUAUUUGUCGAUGCCAGCGCAUUUGGCUACGGCGGGUAUGUAGAGAAUAACGUAAGAGUAAGUAGUUCAGUUAGUCAAGGAAUAGUAAAAUUAGAGUCCCAGAAGCUCCCGGAAGUGAGGAGAACAGAGUACGAAAAUUUCUCAAAGAAGGAAAAAACAAUAGAAUGUAUGUCGUCCCCGGAAGUGGACUUAUUAGUUAACAAAGAGUCCCCGGAAGUGGACUUACUAGUUCACAAAGCGUCCCCGGAAGCGGACAAUUCAGUGUCUGAUUCAUUCAGAGGAACCAACAGCUUAAUUAAUACUUUGUCAUCUGAGGCAGGUGAUGAGACCAGUAGUAGGUCCCCGGAAGUGGACACUUCGAUUUGUGAUAGGUCACAUGAUGCGCGAGUUGAGUUCAGUAGUUUGUCCCCGGAAGCGGACAGUAUUGCAAGUGUAAUGUUUCCUAAAGCAGAUAGUAUGUUAAAUCGUAUGUCCCAGGAAGAGGACAUUAUUACUUGUAGCAUGUCUCCGGAAGCAGACAGAACAGUGUUGGUCUGAAGGACACAAUCAAACAUAAACUAGACGAGGCAGGGAUACAUGGAGAAUUACAACGAUCAGUAACGGACAAUAUGGCGAGUUAUCUUUUACAAUCAAGGGCAGACAAUACAGUAAAAAAGUAUCAGAGUUCUUUUGAUCAGUUUAAAUCAUAUUGUGAUAUAAACAGCCUAGUAUCUAAACCGGCGUUACCUAUCAGCGUAGCAAUGUACUUUACCAGUUUACUUGAUCAAGGCAAGUCAGACAAUGUCGUGUCUGCAGCUUACUAUGGAAUAAAAUGGGUACAUAAUAUCAACGAUCUUCAGGACCCGACGGAAAACAGUAUCGUCAAACAAUUGUUAGAAACCGCGAAACGUAUAAGUUCCAAGCCAGUACAGAAGAAAGACGUUAUAAGCUCAGAAAUGUUACAAGCACUUUGCUUAACAUAUCAAGAUAGUGUUGAUAUUAUUGAUUUGAGGGAUUUGUCAAUGAUUAUGUUAGCCUAUGCAGGUUUUCUGCGUAUGAACGAAGUCAGUAAUUUGCAUUGCAAUGAUGUACAAUUCAAUUCCGACCAUCUAGUUUUGAAAAUAAGGCAAAGCAAAACAGACGUUUAUAGAGAUGGUUCAGAAAUAGUUAUUGCUAAAGGUUGUUCUUCUGCAUGUCCGUAUUCUAUGUUACAAAGAUAUAUGUCUGCAGCACAUUUGUCGAUUAACUCUGAUGAAUAUUUGUUUAAACCUGCAUUUAGAUCAAAACAUGUCGCGUCUCUUAUAGGAAAGAAUAAAAAGUUAAGUUACACAAGGGCAAAAGAAUGUAUUGUUGAAAAAUUGAAAAGUGUUGCGCCGGGCCUUAAACUUGGUACGCAUUCUUUAAGGGCAAGUGGCGCUACGUCCGUAGCUAACACCGGUGUAUCAGACAGGUGUUUAAAGAGACACGGUCGUUGGAAGACCGAUGUAGCAAAGGAUGGUUAUGUAAAAGACUCUCUUGAAAAAAGGUUAUCUGUCACAAAAAAUGUUAAAAUUGUAAAGAACUUAAGAUUAUUUAAGACUUGCAAGAGUUGCAUAUAAAGAACAUUGAAUUUAAAUUUUUCAGCUUCUCUAUACUUUGUAAUUUUCUAUAAAUGUGUCUCGCAAAUCGCACAACAGUGUCUGUUGUUGAUUUUGUAUAGUAUAUAGAAAGGACUUUUUGUACUCCGCGUUACAUCGUAUAGCGGAGUACCUUUGUCCUAGCGUUAUUAUCUUUCAAAACCUGUUUUGAAUGCUCGAGUGAUUCGAGAUCAGAUAUAAAUAAGAUUUUUUGGCGGUAAGAAAUUAGUUCUAGCGAUUCACUCUGUGCGGUGACAUCGUUAAAUUUAAAUUCAAUGUUAUAGAUCAGAGGAACAUUAUUGUAAUACUUACUUUAUUUACACAAUAAUUUGUAACCUCAAUGUUGAGGAAACGUAACUUAUCUAGAGUUAAUAGUUAUCCGACAUAUUGUUCAUAAAAGAUCUUUCAAGGAUGAAGCCCAACAUUCAGUGGUAAAAGACAUGUGAUAAAAGGGCACAGGUUUCCAGACACUGGUUUUUCCUGGGCGAGUCGACCACGUUUUGGAAAUCUUUUAUGAAUAUCAUGUAAAACAUAUUCAAAGAUCGUUUGUUUAAACGUAUACAUUUUGUGUUUGAUUAAUUCACAUGUAUCUACGGCUUGUAUGUUUAAAUAUGUCAUCGCAAAAUAAAUGUGUCUCGCAAAUCGCA